AUGCUCGAACGAACCGCUGCGGCUUUGGAGUCGCGCAGCCUUCAACGGAUAAUCCAUAGGCCCUCGAAUCGAUCUCAAAAGCUACAUACAGGCUUCUGGCAGCAUGGCGCCGCCGCUAUCGAUAUUUCCAGCUCUCUUCCUGGCUCAAUGAGACCAGUUGGAGCUGCGACUCCCGAACCGGAAACACAGCAGCUCCAAGCGAACCUCUUCGCCUCGGUUCUGAUGCUCGACUUCCUAUAUCCUACCUCGACUAUACCUCUCUUACGCCGUCUAUACCCUGAACUACCGAAUCCUCAAAAUGCGCAACGAACGGCGAUUGUCUCGAAUAGACGAACUUACUCUUCAAUAACGACACCGCCCAGCAAUGACGAGUCAACGACAGAUGAAGGUGGUUGGCCCAACAAGGACUCGAAACUCCAAGAUCCAGAACCAGAGGAUGACACGAAUAUAUGGGUUGGCACAGAGGCAAUAAUACCGAAAAGAGGUCAGACGGAUUUGGAACUGCUCCAAAACAUCAUGGGCACCAAGGGACGUCAUUUUCAGCAAGCUUGGGAUAUUUACUCUGGGAUGGAUGGCGAGCAACGGCGUCUUGUGCGUGGUCCUCUCGUCAAUUAUCUUUCCCGCUCCCACAGUAUUGUUGAGACAGGGCGAGCUCUCUCAGUCUUUCGUCAGAUCCCCACGCCCGAGUGGACCAAUGAACUCUUGUCCGCAGCCAUCCUCCUCCUUUUGCGAUCCGGAGACCUGCCAGGAGCCGUGGAAACUUUCAAAACAGGAUUAGAGAUUGGGGGGCUCAGCCACGGCCUAGAAUUUCUGAUGGCAGAUACCGUUAACUCGCGGAAUUGGCCAGUCGCCCUGGAUGUUUGGACUUCAUAUCACAAGAGGAUGGACAAAAGGACUCCCGGUAUGAAGCCAAAUGUGGGGCGAUUGCAGCAGCUUGGGACUCUCAAGAAAAAGGGAGACCUCUAUCUUGAUUUCAGAAACUACCUGGUCGGCGAGGGUAAAGAUCAACAUAAGGAGAUCCAGAAGGACAUGGCUGCCAAGAGAGCUUUGUCUGCACUGCGGAGAUUCUUUGCUACAUUGGCUCUACGGGAGCCGUGUCCCCCGGCUCAGGCAAGCAUCAUUCUCGAGGCUCUUGGCGAUAACUUCGAAUAUAACACAUAUAUGAACACCAUGUUCAAUCGUUGGUACGAUAAACUAGAAGACCGAUACACAAUGGAACAGCUCCCCGCCAUUUAUCAAAAGCAACGACUAUUGCCAGAUGCAGCGCCUACCAUGGCGGUGUACCGCGGCUUGUUCAAAGUGAAUUUCCCAAGGAACAGAGCUAGAUUGGAAGAAUUGUACCAAGACUGGGUUCGAAUCAAAGGCGGUUUGAAUCAAUGGGGAUACGAAAAGUUUUUAAAAUACUAUGCAGCAAAAGGAGAUGUGCCAUCAGUCAAGAAGCUUUGGGCUCAGUUUGCGAAGGAGUACCCUGAGAUAAUUCAGGAACCCCGAGGAUUCAGAAGCACGAUCAACGUCUAUGCUCAAGUUGGAGAUGUCGAGGGCGUCAAGAAAGAGAUGGAAAGGAUGGUCAAGGAGUACAACGUUCAACCUGAUGUCGAUAUCUGGAACACACUGCUCAAGGCUUACAUGAGAACCAAUGACUACGACGGUGUCUUGGAUUUGUUCGAUCAAAUCACAAGCCAACACCAGCCAAGCUCUUAUACUUAUGCCCACGUCAUGGCGAUGAGUUCCAAGAAGGGUGACCUGGACACAACUCUGGAAUACUUCGACAGAUCUCAGCGUGAAGGUGUACCAAUCUCAAAAGAGAUGGGACUGUCUUUGGUAGUAGCUUACUGUCGAAGCGGUCAACUCGCUGCGGCGGAGAGUUUGUGCAUUGAAAUGACCCACCGCAAGAUUGCUUCGCAAGCCAUCUGGAACCAACUGCUCAAUUACAACGGCGUCGAAGGAAAGAUUACAAAGGUGUAUGAACUACUCAAGCAGAUGAAACAACUUGGAGUUGAAUGGGACGACGAGACGUACGAAUUUCUUCUCCAAGCCCUUGUCAGGGUCAACCGAAUUCCUGCGGCACACGCGCUUUUGAAGCGUGCUGUCAAUGAACGUUUGUUCCAUGUCACACCCGAUCAUUAUGCCAUUGUCAUGGCUGCAGCUGCACGACUCGGAGAGUCUCCAGUCGUAGAAACUCUCUUUGCCCAACUUCAGAAGUCAGAGCUGCCUAUAACUUUUAAUGCUUUAGUUGCCCUCGUCACUCAUGCCAACAAAAAGAAGCCAGGCGCCGACCGAACAAGGUAUCUAGCGAAUGAACUCGUUGAGUACUUCCGACAGGCGGUCGCGGCUGCUAAGGACGAAUCUGCACCUGAAGACUUCGCCGAUGCCGGGAGCAUUGCGGAUCUAAUGCGAUCUACUCCUAAGAUCGGUCGAGCAAUUGCUUUACUUGUCGAACUUCGAGAAUUCAUCUCGAUCGAAGAAAUGAUGGGCUUGUUCGUUCAGAUCUUCCCGCAAUAUCAGACCAACCAAUUUCCGCCUGAAAUCAUGUCUGCUUUGAUGCAUGCGCAUUACAUGGAUGAGAACUACGACAAGGCCUUGGAACUUUGGGAGAAGACCUGGGCAGACGUUUAUGCUUCGAGCCGAAAACGUUCAGGAGAAGGUAUUGCUCUUGGUACUGAGUAUGAACUGUCUCGCGCUGUGAAUGUAGUGGCACGCGUGUAUGGAGAGAUGAAUGAUGGAGCAGGCUUGAGCGAUACUAUCGACAAAGUCAUGGCAGCAGGCUUUAAGCUUACCCGAGAAAACUGGGUUAUCGUCAUAAGCAACCUCUCUGAACUCGGCAAGUGGGAUCGCGCUAUGUACUGGUGCGAGACAUUGCUCAUGCCAACUUGGGACGGCUGGGCCUUCAAGCGAGAUAUCCCACACAAGAGAGAAAACUCUCGCAUGUUGUCAGCGCCUCCAAGACUUGUCCUGCGACUACAGGCGAAGUGGCUGGAGAUGCGCAAGAUGGCUGCCUGGGAUCCCAUUGUCUCUCGUCUUCUCUCUACAGUGAAGGAGAAAUACCCCCGUCUGCACCACGCCUUCACCACAUCGGAGGUUGAUGUUAUACCUACAAAAUACACUGUCAACGGCAAGGAGGUUGAUCCUAGUGAGCUCGACAGUAUACUGCAGAGUCUGCCUUAUCUGUCGCUGCUCAAGGUCAGGGACAACCUGAGGAGACAACUGGAAAAGCAAAAGAAGAGCGAGAGCAGCCUCGGAACACCAGCAGAGCCUGUCGACAGGGUAAAGUGGAAGCAGGACCUGCAAGCCAAGGUUAACAAAUUCGCCCGAGAUUGGUAUCUUACACGCAAGAAUGCCUAUGAUGAGAAUCUGAAAGAGCAGAAGCGGCAAAGGUGGCUGCCCCGCGAUGAAAGAAGAGAGAUCGAGAUCAAGGCUUCGGCCAUGGGCCAAGAGCCCGUGGAUAUGCGAGUAGCCCGCGAGCAGUUUGCUUACUGGAAUAAGUUCUGGGAUCGAUAUGAUCAGCGUCGUCAUGGCGCAAGGAGACAGCCGGUCGCCCGUGGUCGUCCAAAUUACCUCACGAAGAAUCCGGUGGAGGCUGCAAAGAUGCAAAGGUUGCGAAACAAGCGUGCUGAUGAUGAAUGA